UCCCCUGAUGUGAAAGGUCUUUGGCUCGAACGCCGUUUGCGGAUAAAAGUUUAGUGCGGCCUUUAAAUUUAAGUCUGUGAACAUGAAAUGAUCAUGUAUGCUCGGAAGAGACACUAAACGUCUUCUAAGACAACCUGCUAGGUCCAAUUGCGAUGAGUAGUGUUAAAAUGUAUCAUUCUAUUAAUGUUUUAGCCGAGCGUAAUCACGUAAUGUAUUGGAAAGACGAGCUGGUGACGUCAUAGAAACGGUUUCUCUGCUAACGCGGCAGGCAGCGCAGCAGCAGUAAUGUCUGCCCUGCCUGCUUCCACUCCUCGCAACUUUGUGCUACCGGCUUGAAUUUGGCCGAUCCAUACUCCCACGCGAGUUCGAAGUUUGAAUAGUGAUGACUUUAGACAAACAAACGUCGUGGAGGAUGAAUCUCGGGGCGUGGGAGGCUAAGCUAACAAGCUAGCCCGUAAGCAUUAAGCAGCUGUUUAUAUCUCAGCUGUUGUUCGACCAUUCUCACCGAUGCCCAUUUAAGCUUUUUUUGUCAAACUUUGUCAACGACCGUCAUUUAUGAGGAACUCGUCCGCGAGCGAAGGUGCAGGAUAACGUGCUCCUUCUCAUCAUAAAGAAAGAAUGGAGUCUAAAUCGGAACCAAUCGUGGACGAUUGGUUUGACAAUCAGAGCCGACGGUCUGUGAGGAGUGUGCACAAGGAAAGUCACGCAUCCUCCACUAAGAAACAGAAACACAACAAGAACUUCCGGAACAGGAUCCAGGAUGAAAAAGAUAUUUCGAAGAAUGAGAUCAACACUUCGGAUCCGGACCGUGACCACAUGUCGGAUGGAGACGGGGGGCAACAGAGUAAGGGCCCCUACUACUCGGACGACAACGACUCACUGUCAGAGCGCUCGCUCUCACCGUAUACGCGGGAUCAGACACUGUCCCCCACCCCGCCUGUAGGGGUACGGGGAAACCGGAUUUCUAGCAGUUCCCCUUACAAUACAGGUAUGCAGCAACGUGUCCGGGUUCGCCCACCGCGUCCGGGUGGACGCUACCGCGGAGUGCGUUCGCGCAGCAAAGAGUCCCUUCCUCCGAAAGACCUGGACCCUCUGACCAAGCAAAUGCUUUCGGGCCGUCUGCUAAAGAUCAACGAACUGCGCAACGCUCACGGUGAGCUGCAGCUGCGCAUUGUGGAGCUGCAGAAGGAAAACCGUAUUCUCAAGCAGCUUCAGUUGCGUCAAGAGAAAGCCCUGCAGAACUACACGGACGCAGAGAGCAAAAUCUCCAAGAUGCUGUCAUGCCACGCCAACGAGACCCACGUGCUGCGCGAGCGGCUCCGGCGCACUCAGGAGCGAGAGCGCGUUGCAGAGCGUCGGCUGAAGGAGAAAGAGGAGCAGCUGAGGAGGAGUCAGGUGACCAUUGGCCGCAUGAAUAAGCUGGUCGAGCAGCGAGAAUUGGGAGCCCGCGAGGAGCUGACCUUCAAGCUGGAGCAGGAGAGGGCUCGCACGCAAGAGGUUGAACUCAGGAUGAAGGAGCUGGAGAGGAACAUGGAGCUGAGCAGCAGCAGUUACCAGAGACAGUUAGCUGCAGAGAGGAAGAAAAUGCUCGUGGCUCAGGAGGAGAUCAAGACUCUGCAGAAGGAGCUCGACCAACUCACCAACAAACUCCGGGAAAAAGAAAGGGAGUUAGAGAUGAAGAACAUUUAUGCUCAUCGCAUGGGGAAACUCCCAUUGCGGAAAGUCACUGAAUGUGACAAUAAAUCAAAGCUCCCCAGCAGGACCCAUGCCAAGGCGUUGCAGACCCAAGACCGAACGAGCAGCCCGGAUUUCCCCUCGCCUCCUCCCUCUGUCAGCAGUGAUCCGGCACCAGACGGAUAUCUAUCACUGAAGCAAAUGGACAAGGCAGAUGAACCAGCAGAGGCGGACAAACGUCCAAACAGGGCGCAGCAGCAUCAAAAGACAGAAGACGUAAGAGGCACGAAAGAGCAGGAGCCGAAAGAAGAACAACGACCAACAGGGUGGGAGAUAGGAGACAAGGAGGACGAGGACAAAACAAGAGCCAGCUUCUUGGUAGAUUUGAGGGAUAGGAGCAGUAGCAGCAGCAGCAGCAGCAGGAAGAGCGGCAAUGUCCAAGAGGAAGUAGACAGGUGGAACCAUGAGGCGGUCGAGGCACGUCGCAGAAAGGACCAACUGCUGGCGAAAAUGCGGGAAAUCGAUCUUCAAAAUGAGGGGGUGCGGAAACCCAUCUUCAGCGACACCUUUGAGUUUAAUGCGGCUCCAUCUGAGUGUCCCUCCUAUGGUGUGGAGGAUGCAAGUUUGAUCGCUGGAGAUGGAAACAGGGAAGUCGGACGUAGACGAAGCUUGCGAUCCCAAAAAUCCGAUGAGGACUUAAUUUUCGGGAGCUAUGUGCCUUCUUUCGGGAAUACCCGAAGUGUCCCUGCGCCUCUUAUCAAAGAGGGCGGGGACUCUGCUUUACAAGCGAUUGGUGUUUUUAGCCUCCGUGGGGCAGAAGUUGACAAAAAGCAAGAGAAUGAUGGCCUCUCAAAGAACAAAAAGUCCAUUCUCAUGCAGCAGCUGUUCGGCUCUCUGGCGACACCUUCUGGUGACGCUAUCAGAACGGACGUCCAUGACGUGAGCAGCAACAGCGUACGUUCGGGUACACGCGUGGGACGCAUGAACUUCAGCACGUCAGCGCCGCCGUUGGCCUCCUCGAACACCCGUCACAUUGUAGAAAGCCGGCCAACUGUGGUCGCCAUACCUUCGUUUGAUGAUGACAUCGAAGAACUAACCUUAUGACAUUUUUAAAAGGAAAACAAACUUAGCACUCGAGUGUGUGUCGAAUAUAGUUAUUUUUUUAGUUGCACUUUCACCUGUUUUGAUUUUAAAUUUAGUGCACUUGUCCUGUUCUGUUUUGUAUUUAUUAUUACAUUAUUUAGUUAAAUACAUGAUACGUCAUUUGUCUUUAUAAAUAUGUCUAUAAAUAGGGGUGCAACGAUUAA